GUGGUGUAGCUGAGGAGGAGGUGCCAGAGGCGGGGCCCAGAAUGUUCCUGAAAGGCGGGCUCGGCCAUUGCUAUGGUACCGGAGGCGGAGCCUAGCUCUCCGGAGGAGAGUUUGGAGCCUGAGCAGUUGUCUUGACAGGAUAGGCGGGGUCUCCCCUUGCCGUACCGUUGCCAUGGUAGCCCGAGGCGCCGGCUGCCCUGAGCCCCAUGGAUCCAGCUGCAGGACCGGAGAGGUCCGGAGCCCGUCCCUGGGGAAGAAGGAAAGCCCAGGGGCGGGUGGCCGUGGGGGGCUUCUCACGUGGCUCUUCCCCGACAAGGUCAGCCUGUCGCGAUAGUUCUGACAGCGUAAGCGGGAAGUUUGGUUCUUUGCGUGGAACCGGGCCUGCUGUAGUGAUUGCCUCUCCUCGUCAUCGCGAGCGCAGCCUGUGCCCCCAACUUCGCGCAUCUCUGGAGAGCACGAGAUGUUUCCCAUCAGGCCUGGCCUGGGAAAGGCUGAAGCCGGACUGCUAGGGGUCAGAAGAAGGCCGCGCCCCCCCUAGGAAUCCCCCAUCCCUCCAUCUUGCACUCCUGAAAGCUGCCCCAAAGCAGAAUGGGGUGCCCUGGGAAGUAGCGAGUUCCCUCUCACUGGAGGUCUUCAAGAAGAGUCUGAAUGACUGCUGCUUCCACACGUUGGAGAGAUUGUUUCCAUUUCCGGAUCCGAUAUUGUGAUCUCCUUCAAGCCCGAUUCAGUGAUAAGUGAUCGUCCAGCUUCCUAUUUGUAGUUAGAGGGAAUCCCUCUUCUAUUUUGGAAUAGCUCUGUCAAGGGGUGUUUGCUGAGGUCAAGCAUAAAUUGGCAUCCAUCCCUCCUAGUUGUGUCAGACUGUCCUCUGACAGCAAGCAGCAGCAGACAUCCAUCCACAUAAUAACCUUUCUAAUGCCGAAGGACAGCUAGCAUUUCCUCUCCCAAGAACUCUCAGUGGCACAUCUUCCCCUUCCUCUUCCCCCCUUCUAGCUCUCUAGCUCCAUACUUUCUGGGAAGCCAAAAGCUUUCUUUUCCACCCCUAGGGUUUUGCCAUGGCAGCAAAGGGGAAAUCAGGAGCGGUGGCCAAAGGUACUGGCUUUUGGCAAGCACCCCAAUCUGGCUACACCCCAGAAACCUGUCAGUUGCUGAAAGUGAUGAUGGAGGAGUCCAAACUUACCAAUUUCCAGCAGCGGCAUCUCAUGGAUUCGGUGAAAAGAGGCGAUGCCCUACCCUCUCGGUGCAGCCCGUCAUCCAGCCAGAAGCCAACGCCCAAGAGAGUCAGCACCUUCUGCCUGCCACCCAUCCUGGGCCCAAGGCCCCACCUCCGCCCUGCUGAAGUCUGCCAGGCUAACGAGGCCUACAGCCGAGACCAGUUCAAGCCGAGACCCUGUCGAGACACAGAGAAGGAGAAGGAGCGGCUCCAAGACAUAUUUACUAAUGGGAAAGAAGCCAUUGAGAAGAGGAAAAAGAAGCAGUCUGUUCGGCAGGCCAAGCUUCUGCCUUUGGACCCAGAGCCAGAUAGAUUUGAAGAAUGUAAGGCACUAGGAGCCCGCUCGGGCCUCUGGGGGAAGGGGGGGUCCUGCCGCCAUCGGGGGCUUCCAUCCUGCUCAGAACCCGGGGCGGCACAGGGGAGGGGGACAGGGCGUGAUGGGUCUCCCUUUCCCCCCCAGCGGGGGUCCUUCCCUGCCUGCAAACAGUUCAGGGCAGGCCCUGAGAGGUGGCUGGGAUUGAGGAGCUCCACCUCCACUUCCCAACGAAUGAGUCUUGUCUCCUCUCCAGUGGUGAAGGAAGUCCGAGAAAGGCAAGAGUUCUUGGCUGAAAUGCAGGCCCUCGGCCAAGGCAAGCAGUACCGAGGAAUAAUCCUUACUGAAAUCUCACAGGUGGGGCGCCCCCGGACCCCGUGGCUCGGGGGGCACAGGCGGCCGCUUCGGCUCUCUCCCUUGACCAUCCUUUCUACCCCGCCUUCUGCAGAAACUGCGGGAGAUGGAAGACAUCGACCAGAAGAGAAACGAUGAGCUUCAAAAGGCACUGGCCAAAGCCUCUCCUUAAGGAGCCCACCCGUCCCCGGGGGCAGGGGCAGCAGCCCAGAGGGUGGCGUCAGCCACUCGCCCUUUUGUAGCCCUGCCCGCCAUGUUCCUGGAAGCCCGUCACCGGUGGGGGAACAGAUCCCCUCUGCUUAGAGAGGCCCCGCUUCCAGAGGGCCGGCCAGAGCCCAAGAGACAGUGCCCAGCCCCAAGCCGCCACUGCCCACGGGGCAGGAGGCCUCCAAGCUUGAGGAGACCGCGGCAGCAGGGAGCUCACGCUCCACUAGCUCCACACUCUUGGGAACUGUCUCCGGGCCCUCCGGCCAUCUCCCAACCGGGGGCCAGGGUCGCUAACCACCAGAGGGGGAGGGUCAAUAAAACUCUCUUGGGGAAACAGCA